AACCCCUCCUGUAAUGCCUGGGGAAGCUGCCCGUUAAGAGGCCAGCUGUAGAGGAUCGAAGGGGUUAAUGUCCGCGCAGCUCUGCGCAGCAGCAGUCGUGGGAGGGGAGACAGCGGGAAAUGGAAACUGAAAGUAACUUAUUCGCGCGGAAAGUUUUUUGUCCGGUCUCGGUUCAUUUUUGUCUGGUGCAGAAAUGGCCUCGAGACGGCCGUGCUGCUUGCUGUGCGGGAAGUCCGAAGAGAACUCCGUGACGGGACCGCUCGCGACUAAAGACGGCAUCACCGCGCAUCAGAACUGUCUCCUAUACGCCUCCGGUAUCUACUGCAAAGACUCCCCGGAAUAUGACGACCUCUUCGGAUUCUCGGUGGAGGACGUGAAGCAGGAGGGCAAGAGAGGCAAAAAGCUGCGGUGUCACUCCUGUAAACACAGGGGAGCCACGGCUGGCUGUGAGGUGAAGCGUUGUACCCGCUCCUACCACUACCCCUGCGCUGUUCACUCCAAUGCAGACUUCAUAGAAAACCAGAGCAACGGCCUCUUCCAACUAUUCUGUGAGCAGCACCGUCAGAAAGCCAAUGGAUCUGCUCAGAAUGAUGGAGCCACUAACCAAGGAGAAGGAUCAAAAGCUAGACAGGAUGUGAUUUGA